AUGGAGCGUCCCCAUGAGGUUUUGUUGGUGGCACUUAUUGCAACUUUCGCUGUUAUUCACCUUUCUCGAGCUGACGAUCAAGAAGGGUUCAUCAGUUUGGAUUGUGGUUUACCCCCGAGUGAAGCGUCCCCAUAUAUCGAGCCAGAUACUGGACUAUGGUUCUCAUCAGACUCGGACUUCAUCCAAACUGGAAAGAUUGGGAAGAUUGAUCCAAGUCUACCAAAGACCAUAAAAACAUACGUGACUCUGAGAUACUUUCCAGAUGGAAUACGCAACUGUUACAAUCUUAGUGUGAAGCAAGGGACAAAUUAUCUGAUGAGAUUUACAGCUCUAUAUGGAAACUACGACGGUCUCAAUAUUACUCCUAAGUUUGACGUAUACGUUGGUCCUAACUUUUGGGUAACGAUAGACCUAGAAAAUAAGAUAAGCGGUCAAUCCGAGGAGAUCAUUUACAUCCCAAGAUCAAAUUCCUUGGACUUGUGUCUUGUUAAGACAGGCACUACUACGCCAAUGAUUACAUCAGUGGAACUAAGGCCGCUAGCAAAUGAUCUUUACAUCACGGAAUCUGGUUUAUUGAAGAGUUUUAAGCGAUACUAUCUUACCAGUUCAGAUACCAUUCUAUCGUACCCAGAUGACGUCAAAGACAGAAUAUGGGAACCAAAGUUUGAUCCAGAAUGGAUGCAGAUUUCCACCAACCUCCAAGCGAACAACUCCAAUGAUUUUCUUGUGCCGCAGAAUGUACUCAAAACCGCGGCCAUACCUGUGAAUCAUACUGCACGCUUCAAUAUUUCGGAGGAACUCGAUUUCCCUGACGAUCAAAUUUACUUGUACCUCCACUUCUCGGAGGUCCAAUCAUUACCCAUCGGUGACUCUAGAGAGUUUGAUAUAUUUUGGAACGGCCAACAGUUUGACAAAACGAUAAGCCCUGAAUAUUUGAAGACGACUACAAUUUACUCCACGACACCAGUUACUUGCAAAGGUGGAGUAUGCAACUUAGAGCUGAUAAGAACUACAAACUCUACUCUCCCACCUCUUCUCAAUGCCAUCGAACUUUACACAGUCGUCAAAUUUCCACAACUGGAAACAAAUGAAAAUGAUGUUGUUGCUAUCCAAAAAAUCAAAGCAAGAUAUGGGUUAAAUAGAAUCACAUGGCAAGGAGAUCCCUGUGUCCCCCAGAAAUUUUUGUGGGAUGGUCUAAAUUGCAACAGCACAGAUACAUCUACACCACCAAUGAUCACUUAUUUGAACUUAUCUUCCAACGGGUUGGAAGGAACCAUAGCAGCUGCAAUUCAAAAUUUUACCCAUCUUGAAAAGUUGGAUUUGUCAAACAACAAUCUGACUGGAGAAGUUCCAGAAUUUCUGGCUAAUAUGAAGUCUUUAAUACUCAUAAACUUGAAGAAGAAUAAUCUUAUUGGAUUUAUCCCACAAGCUCUUCUUGACAGAGAAAAAGAAGGGCUACAGCUAUUUGUUGAUGGAGAGCAUCGUUGUUUUUCUGGUUCAUGUGAUGUCACAGAGAAGAAAAUUCCAGUAAAAACUGUUGCAUUUGUUUCUUCGGCUACAUUCAUGGUCAUUAUAGUGGUUCUAGUUCUCAUUUUCGUGUUUAAGAAGAAAAAAAAAUCAAUUAAGCUGGGUGGGAAUGUUACAUCCACUAAUAUCUCUGAAAUAUCGAUUGAGAUGAAAAAGAAAAAGUAUAAUUAUUCAGAGGUGAUGGAAAUGACAAAAAACUUGGCAAGACCACUUGGUGAAGGAGGGUUUGGCGUUGUUUAUCAUGGUGUUAUAAAUGGUUCACAACAGGUAGCUGUCAAACUUCUUUCCCAAUCAUCAACACAAGGCUAUAAAGAGUUCAAGGCAGAGGUAAGAUAUCGUCGUAAUUCUGUAUAUGUUAAACCAAUGCGUUUCAUGUAUGCUUUCAUUGUUCUACAGGUCGAACUUUUGUUGAGGGUUCACCACAUAAACUUGGUAAGCCUUGUCGGAUACUGCGAGGAACGAGGUCAUUUGGCUCUCAUAUAUGAAUACAUGUCCAACGGAGACUUAAAACAUCUUUUGUCAGGAAAACACGGUAGCUCUGUUCUGAAGUGGAGUACUCGACUACAAAUAGCCAUCGACGCCGCACUAGGACUAGAAUAUUUACAUAUUGGAUGUCGACCACCAAUGGUGCAUAGAGAUGUCAAAAGUACAAAUAUAUUGUUAGACGAGGGAUUCACUGCCAAACUUGCAGACUUUGGACUUUCAAGGUCUUUCCAACUUGGAGGUGAAUUUCAUGUUUCGACAGCCGUUGCUGGGACUCCUGGAUAUCUUGAUCCCGAAUCUUACAGAACAGGUCGACUGGCAGAGCUGAGCGAUGUUUAUAGUUUUGGAAUUGUAUUAUUGGAGAUAAUCACAAACCAAGACGUGGUUGACCAAACUCGUAAAAAGUCACACAUAGCUGAAUGGACAACAUUUAUGCUUAAUAGAGGAGAUAUUAAUGGAAUCAUGGAUCCUAAACUUCAUGGUGACUACAAUUCUCAUUCUGCCUGGAGAGCUCUUGAAUUGGCUAUGUUGUGUGCAAACCCUUCUUCAGAAAACCGACCAAACAUGUUCCAAGUUGUUAGCGAGCUAAAAGAGUGUCUUACUUCUGAAAUCUCGAUGAAAGGUAACAGUCAAGACCUAGACUCUCAAAGUUUCCCUAAAGUGAGUAUGAGCUACGACACCCAGGAUUUUCCUAGCGCAAGGUAG